UUGGGGCAUAUUACGUCAAAAGUAUAAAGAAGCAAUUAAUCUACAUCCUUCCAUUCUACAUAGCAACGAAGUCCUGAAGAUGCUCAACCGACUUCACCAUUCGAAUCAUAUCAUCACUUUCUGUUUAGCCUGGGAAGACUUCUGUCUACCAUUCUAAAUAUAGGAUCGAGACCACCUCAUCUGAUACUGAUCCUGCUCCUGUUAUUGUCAGCUAUCUCUCAGUAGGUACUAUCACUAAGUCUCAUCCUGCUAUUUCUCUAAAAAUUCAAAGGUAUAGCCUUAAUCAUAAAAGGGAUAUUACAUCUGGCAGCAGCAUAUCCUGAUUGAAUUCCAUUUCUGGAUCACCAAUUUUACGAAAACUCCCUUCCUCUUCUCCGGUCGCUCUUGGCCCUUAUCUUAGUGACAUAGUCCCCCUUCUUGCUGGGGAGCUGUGCAGUUGCGUCAAGUUCGUGGCUUGAAUCCAGAUCAGCUACAAUCAAUUGCAACAGCGGGCAAUCUCUAAUUUACCAAAUCCCAAGUUUUCUUUACCUUCUCAAGAGGGCAAUAUGUCGGGUGCCUUUAUGGCCGCUUCAUUGGAGCCACCUGUCCCAAAGGUAAGCAAGAUCGUAGUGUCAAUUACUCAAAGAUUUCUGCUUCCAUCCUUUCCAAGCUUAUUUCCUGCUUCAGUCUCCAUUGCUAAUGCAUUCCCUAGAGUGUACAUGGUCCGGAACUUGGCUCUCUCGCUACGGAUCAAGUCAAUGUGGACUUCCAAAAAAAAUGCCGUGACUUUUGUGAGGUUCAAGCAGUUAUGUUCUGAGCUACGUAACAUGAUCUGGAAGCUCAGCUUACCUAAAGCGCGUAUUAUUGAUAUCGUUUAUGACAAGGACCAGGACAAGUACUUGUCAUUCCAUUCCAAGGUACCUUUUCUUUUACAUACAGUAAGAAUAAUCUAACGCUGCCCCAUCUGCUCCGCAACCGCAUUUUCAUCGAGAGGCUCUUUCCACGCGGCUUUAUCACAUUAAUAAAUUUGCUGACAAUUUCACUACUUAGACCAGAGAAGCUAGAUAUGUUGCGCAAAAGUUUUACAAUUUGUGCUUCCCAACGCAAUUAAACCCUGCAAAUAUCUACAUCAGAUUUGAUAAAGAUGUCAUCUACUUUGCUAACUGGCUCACCGGCUAUAAAUAUGAGAAGAAUGGCUGGUUUGAGCACGUGAAUAUUGGUCCGAUUGGUAAAAAGGGACUGGGAAGACAUGAAUUGAGGUCUAUAAAGAGAGUUGCGGUGAACUCCGUUUAUUUCAAUGUUCCUAAAUCAUCGCCACCGGGGGCUGAUGUGGAAUACUUUUCGUUCUCCGUAUUGCCUAUACUUUCUAGGUUUCAUUCAUUAAAGAGACUCUACGUGGUUGUCGAAGAUAUCGAUCCAUACCAGGAAGGCGAAAUUACCUUUCACAAAAUUCCUAGACACUGCCACACUCAUCCGGCUUUCUGUGCCUUUUGCCAGGUAUCCACGAUUGUCGUAGGCUUUAAAGAUCUCAAGCGGAAUCUGACUUCUCCUUGGAGAGUCCCUGCUGUUUCUGUUGUAGGAGUUGGUCGAAAUCACCAUCUAUCACACAUGAGUCAAUAUCAGCGUUGUGCUUGUAACGGGUUCUCUUUACUACCGGGCGUAGGUUGUCCAAAUCACCCAUGCGAGGAAUACCACCCAGAGCCAGUCAAGGUUGCAGGUCUAGUUGCUGAAGAAAAUGGCAUGUCUGAAGUCAUCGACGAUGAUUUGCCAGAGGAAGAAUGGCGUCUUGCUAAAGAUGAAUUAAAUGACUUAAUCGCAGACGAAAGGCUCUAUCAGGCCUUCGUUGAAGAGUACUGUGAUGGAAAAUAUGGAGUCAACCACGAGAAAUGGCUUGGCAUCGAAUAUUUGUUAAGCCGACCUUUGUUGUAAGGUUGCCGUUUACUACAAGAUUCUUGCAAAUGUCAAGGUAUCAAAGGUUGGAUAUAGAAAGGGAUAUGCCACAGUAUCCUGACGUGUAUACCAGGAAUACAUACUCCGGCAGUUUGGUGGUCACUUUUGUUCUUUUAUUUGCUUGUUAUCUCUGCUUCAUUUUAUAGAGAGAUAAGUUGAGUCUGAUGAUGAGACA